AUGGCUGCCAAGCAGAUUGCCGAGAAACUGAUCAGCGAGCACAUCGUUGCCGUCUUCAGCAAGUCGUACUGUCCGUACUGCCAGCGCGCGAAGCAGGUCAUCUCUGGCCUGAACCUGAGUCCGUCGCAGGUCGGCACGGUCGAGCUGGACGAGAUGAGCGAGGGCGCCGACAUCCAGGCGUAUCUGCAGCAGAAGACCGGCCAGCGCACCGUGCCAAACAUCUUUGUGCACGGCCAGCAUCUCGGCGGCUGUGACGACCUCCUGCGUGCGCAGCAGAGUGGCGAGCUCGAGAAGCUGCUCGGCAAGCUGUAG